UUUGAGGGAAGUAGCUGCUUGCUACUCGAAUGCUUUUUCAUUUUCAACUCCCUUUAGGAUAUAGUGGUUUUGUCAUUUUGAACCCAAAAACAAGAAUAUCUGAAACCUCACUGAAUCCAUGUCCAAAUUCUACGCGAAGUUUUUCGAUUUAACUGGAACUUGUUCAAGAUUUUAUCUUCUUAGAUUUCAAGCAAAACCCAUUUCUUCUUCUUCUUCUUCUUCCUCUUCUACAUCAUUAUCAUCAGUUCCUUCUCAUGAACACAUUGCUCAUCUAAUUACAGAACAGAUAUCACAUUCCCAAGCUCUUCAGACUUUUAGAUGGGCUUCAAAGCUUCCAAAUUUUACUCAUUCUCAAUCAACAUACAGAGCUUUGAUCCACAAACUAUGCACUUUUCGUCAGUUCGAUUUAGUCAAGGAGCUGCUCGACGAAAUGCCUACUUCAAUUGGGUCUCCUCCUGAUGAAUCCAUCUUUCUUACUAUCAUUCGUGGACUCGGACGAGCAAAAAUGGUGAAAGAAGCAAUUAAGGUACUUGACUUGGUUUCUAAAUUUCAAAAGGACCCGUCUUUGAAAGUUUGCAAUUCUAUUCUUGAUGUUUUAGUGAAAGAAGAUAUUAAUUUAGCUAGAGCAUUUUUUAGGGAUAAAAUGAUGAAAUGUGGAAUUCAAGGAGAUAAUUAUACUUUUGGAAUUUUGAUGAAAGGUUUGUGUUUAACCAAUAGGAUUAGUGACGGUUUUAAGCUUUUACAGUUGAUGAAAUCCCGAGGAAUUACUCCGAAUACUGUAGUUUAUAAUACAUUGAUUCAUGGUCUUUGUAAGACUGGAAAACUUGGAAUUGGACGAGGUAGAAGUUUGAUGAGUGAGAUGGCUGAACCAAAUGAAGUAACUUUUAAUAUUCUGAUAUCUGCAUAUUGUAAAGAAAGGGAUUUGAUUCAAUCCUUGGUCUUGUUAGAGAAGAGUUUUAGUUUAGGCUUUGUACCUGAUGUCAUUCCGGUUACCAAAAUUGUCCAACUUCUAUGCGGCGAAGGACGUGUAAUGGAAGCUGUUGAAAUUUUGGAAAGAGUAGAGGAGAGAGGUGGUUCUGUUGAUGUUGUGGCUUAUAAUGCUUUGAUUAGAGGCUUUUGUAGAAUAGGGAAAACAAAUUUAGGAUUCCGGUUUUUGAAGGAGAUGGAAAGGAAAGGUUGCCUUCCUAAUGUUCACACAUAUAAUGAAUUGAUAGCUGGUCUUUGUGAGUCCAAGGAAUAUGAUUUGGCACUUGAACAGUUCAACGAUAUGACAAGAGAUGGGAUAAGCCCGAAUUUUGUUACGUACGAUACGUUGAUUAGAGGUUUGUGCUCGGGAAGAAGGAUUGGAGAUGGCUUGAAUAUAUUAGAUCAAAUGGAGGAAGAAAGAAGAGGAUCUGGGGGUCAGAUUAGCCCUUACAAUAGUAUAAUUUACGGCUUUUACAAGGAAAACCGAUUAGUCGAAGCACUUGAAUUUCUUACUAAAAUGGGAAGUUUCUUCCCUAGUGCUGUUCAUAGGAGUAAGAAGAUAUUGGGGUUUUGCAAGGAUAACUGCAUUGGCGAAGCAAAGCAGGUUUAUGAUCAAAUGAUUGCAGAAGGAGGAUUACCUAGUGCUGUUGUAUACAGUGAUUUAAUUCAUGGUUUGUGCCAAGUUGGAGAUAUUAGAGAAGCUUUUGAGCUAAUCAAUGAAAUGGUUGAUCAUGGUUAUUUCCCUAUUUCUUCAACAUUUAAUGUUUUGAUUAGCGAAUUUUGUAAGCAAGGCAAAGUGGAGAGUGCUUCGAAGCUCCUGAAGGAGAUGGUUGAUAGGGGUUGCUUACCUGACGUAGGAAGCUAUAAUCCGUUGAUAGAUACUUUUUGCAAGAAAGGUGAUUUUCAUGGAGCUUUAAAACUGCAGCUUCAAAUGGUAGAAAAGGGUAUUACUCCCAAUUACUACACGUGGACCUCCUUGCUUCUUUUUCUAAGUCAACAAAUAAAAUGGAGAAAGCAGGAAAUUUUUGUGCACAAGUAACCUGCUAUGAUCAAGUAUUGUCAAAUGUUUUGACAGGAUUGUUUCUGGCUGAAAGAUGGUUUCUUUCUUAUGAUGUACGCACAAGGUUGCAUUCUUUGGUCAGAAUAUGGAGACAGGAGACAACAAUUACUGUCCUUUAUAUUCCUGCUUCAAGAUGACGCCGGAUAUGAAGCAUCAGUAUGACUGAGUUUUGACCAUAAAUGAAAUGUGCUGUGCUCGUACCUGUGUAGCUUGGGCAAAGGAGUGAAUGUGAAAUUAGCAUAUGUUUCCCUGUUCCUUGCAGAAGAAAGGACAACCAGGUUGCAAGAAAUAUAUUUCCAUAAGCUCAUCAUCGAUUCUUGUUUCGCCAUUCAAUUCACUUUAGAGUUUUUCUUCCGGAGUACAUUCAAUAAGUAAAAAGAUUCAACAUGAAGUUAUUCGAACUGAAGAGACGGCCUUCACUUAUCUGGGACGAAGAUGAUCAGUGGCAGUGGAUGCCCGAGUGGUGCUUUCAGAAUU